AGCUUGACCUCACGGCGCAUGUAUUUUCCCACAUCAGUGAAGAGGCUGGCUUGGAAAAAAAGCAGCACCUAAACAUAUUAAUGCGCACCUUUCAUAACCCUCCCUCAUUCAUUUGAUAUUUUUUUUUUUUCUGAAGGCUGGUUUUCCACGUCCCCUUCAUCCGAUACCCCCAAAUCCUUGUCAUUUCUCUCCAGCCUGUCUUGGUGAGGAGGAUUGAUGGAUACAAAUCUCGUGUGAAAGCUUCACCAGCAGGAUAUUUUAAGGAAUUUGCCUGUGGUGUAAAGGGAAAGGAGCAGAGAGAGAGAUACAUACAGCUCUACAUACCGACUGAUAGACGAGAAUUCACGAAGCCCAGAGACCUUACCAGCCACACACUCUUGCACCAUGAAACGUCUGUGAUAGACACCAAAUAACCCCCCCUCUGUUUAAAAAAAAAAGCCCACAAACAAAAACAGGACUUUAAGGCAAGCCCAGGGGACAGUCUUUCAUUGAUCUCCCCUAGAAUUAAAGACUGCUUGUAUUUUUUAGUAUUGUUUUCCCUAUCUAUUUUUUUUAAUCUCUAUUUUUAUUAGUUAGGAGGGGGGUUGCAGCUGGCUUUCUUUCAUGCCAGAGCCAUGAGUUCCUAUUUUGUGAAUCCUCUCUUCUCCAAGUACAAAGGCGGUGAGUCUUUGGAACCCACUUACUACGACUGUCGCUUCCCACAAAGUGUCAGCAGGAGCCAUGCUCUGGUGUAUGGUCCGGGCACCACAGCCCCUGGCUUCCAGCACCCUUCCCACCACGUCCAGGAAUUCUUCCACCAUGGAUCGUCCACCAUCUCCAACACUGGAUACCAGCAGAACCCCUGCGCCCUCACAUGCCAUGGGGAUGCUUCAAAAUUCUAUGGCUACGAGGCUCUACCGAGACAGUCCCUUUAUGGUGCCCAGCAAGAGGCGAGCGUGGUGCAGUAUCCUGACUGUAAAUCGUCUACCAACUCAAGCACUAGCGAGGGACAAGGCCAUUUAAAUCAAAAUUCGUCUCCCAGCCUCAUGUUCCCCUGGAUGAGACCUCACGCUCCCGGAAGGCGCAGUGGCAGACAGACUUACAGCCGGUACCAAACACUAGAGUUGGAGAAAGAGUUCCUUUUCAAUCCAUAUUUGACGCGGAAGCGCAGGAUUGAGGUCUCCCACGCCCUGGGACUGACUGAGAGGCAGGUCAAAAUCUGGUUUCAAAACAGGAGAAUGAAAUGGAAAAAGGAAAACAACAAAGACAAACUACCCGGGGCUCGAGAUGAAGAAAAGACUGAGGAAGAAGGGAAUGAGGAAGAGGAGAAAGAGGAGGAAGAGAAGGAGGAAAGCAAGGAAUGAUUUGGAGUGUGUGAGUUGAGCUGUGAGUGAAUGAGUGAGUGAGUGUGGGUGUGAGUGGAAAUUCUCGUUUUAUGGUAGAUGUAAAAACAAAACGUUUAUGGCGAUCAUUUGCUUUUAUAGAGUAUAGAAGGGGAGAAACACAACAGUAACUACCUGUCACAAGACCCAGCCUUUCUGCUUGGCCAGGACUCCCUUAGCAUUUCGUUAUGGUUUGUGUGGGAAGGGGCAUUUUCAUUAACUUCUUAUUUAUGUCCUACAAGUCCUGAGAUAUAGGCUAAUAACUUAUAAAUAAAUAUAUAUACACGUGAAGAACCCUGCAAAGGUUUACAACAGACUGACAUUUCUCUAAAACAGCCACAAUAGUAUUAAUUCCUUUUUAUGUGAAAAAAACCUACUUAUCCCCAUCUUUUUUUUUCCUUUUAUGAGGUCCAAUAAUUGAUGGCCUUUUUUAUGUAAUCUACGUUCUAUUUAGAUUUAUGUAUUCAUAUAUGUGUGGGAAGGGAUGGGGGAGGGGGGGAUACUUACCCUUGUUUAUAAUUUUAACCUUAUUGUGUAGUUAACAUUGUUUCAUAUAAUGCUGUCUAAAAGGUGUUGUAUGCCUAUGGCUCUGUCAAGUUUAACUUGUCAGCAUAGGGAAUGCGGGGGUCCCCAAGAUAUCUAGAUGCAGCUAUAUCUUUUAGAAGCAACAUAUUUCAAUGUGUAUCUCAAAUUAACAGGCCAAGACAUUGAAAAAAACAAAAAACCUUGAAUUCAUGUCCCCAGUGCCCUGCUUUGUACAAGUUUAUCUCUGAUGUGUAAGCACUUCAAAUCUCCAUAUACUACCUAAAAGGGUCACGCAAUAAUCAUUAAACUAAUAACAAGCAAUGUCGGGGUCUCUGUAUCCCAUUUAAUACUAGGUCAGACUUAUUAAUGACUAGCAGUGUGACCCGGAUGCAAAGCUACUAAGUAGCAAAGAAUACAUACUGCAACUUGCAAUGUACCUAAUCACUACCUAUAGAAGGAAUAUGCUAUUGGGAAGUAUUUCUAACGCGUUUUUCGUUGUUUGUUGCUGCUUAUUAUUAUUUUAUUUCCCCAACAACUGAAACUGCCUAUAGUUGGACGCACAUUUUUUUGUGUUACUUUUAUUGUGCUUACUAAAGUAGCUUAGGACUAAAUUGCACUGAAUGUAAAGUUAUCUAUUUGUCUUGACCUUAUCUGUUAUUGCAAGAGCUCGAAAUAAAAAAAAUAAAAAAUACAA